AAUGCCCAGGAGCGCUGCAUGCAUGUGUGUGUCUGUGUGUGUGUUUGUGUGUGUGUUUGCGCACGGAUUGCGGUGCAGAGGCGACACCAACAUGCUAGAAGUGGCCUAGCGAGGACGUGUGUCUCCUGUCUGGAAGAAUGAAUGUUCCUCUCUACCUUCUGACCGUCGCUCACUUCAUCUGCGCCGCCGCCGGAGCUCAGCGCGCCGCUUUGGAGCGCCAACUUCUGCUGGAGGAGGAGGACGGGACCCGGUCGGGACGCAGGACCUGCAGGCUCUACUGUCGGGUCGGCAUCGGCUUCCAUCUGCAGAUUCAUCCCGACGGGAGAGUGAACGGCAGCCAUGAGCCCAACCAGCUGAGUGUGCUGGAGCUGUUUGCUGUUUCUCAGGGGGUGAUCGGCAUCAGAGGGGUCUACAGCAACAGGUUCCUGGCCAUGAACAAGAGAGGACGCCUCUACGCCACCGACGGGUUCUCCGAGGACUGUAAGUUCAGAGAACGUUUCCAGGAGAACAGCUACAACACGUACGCCUCGGUGCUCCACAGGAACCAACGGACGGGUCGCCAGUGGUUCGUGGCCCUCAACAAGCGAGGGAAGGCCAAGAUGGGCUCCAGCCCGCGGGUCAAACCCCAGCACGUGUCCACCCACUUCCUGCCGCGGCUCAGCCUGCACGAGCAGAGCGAGCGAGGCUUCACCAUCACCGAGCGCAGCAAAGAGCGGAGGAAACAACCGCCACCGCCACCAAAACCCUCUCUGGCCAAAGCCGUGCAGGCCGGGACGCCUCAGAGACGCACGCAGGUCAAAUACUGGCCCAAGUACCGCUUCGGAUAGAAGACGUGAAUAAAGUUAGAGACUAAAAACUUUCAUUUAUCACAUUAAAGCAUUCCGGGUUCAACGUGUGAAGGAGCUCAAAGGGCUGCAGCUUCAAGACGCUACGUCCUCUUUUAUGUUUCGUUUGUCACACGGGGAACUUUAAAAUCAGAUCCUGUUCAAGCUGAAAUCCAUAAC